UCCAGGCAGCGCAGGAGAUGCUGCGUUUCCAUAGCAACUGCGAAGAUUGUGGCUCGGGCGGGCGGGCGGUAGGGAGAGUUUUAUCCAGGACGGAGCAGAUAAAAUUAAAGUGGGCGGAGGAGGUGGAUGAACGAGGAUCGGGGCCCUCAGCCGGUGUGAGCAUGGGCACUAUUCGGGUCUAUUACACCAGUGUCACAGGAUCCAGGGAGGUGAAGCAAAGGCAGUCUGAUGUCAUUCGCAUUCUGGAUGGAAACCGUAUGAAGUACCAGUUAGUGGAUGUGUCCAUCAGUGAAAGUUUGCUGCAAGAGAUGAGGGACAAAGCUGGGAAGCCAGAUGCGAUUCCACCUCAAAUAUUUAAUGGAGAGGAGUAUUGUGGGGUUCUAAAAGGACUGGAUAAUUGCCCGCUAGGCCAAGAGGCACAACAUCUGAUACUUGCAGAAGACACAGAUGUUCCACCCCACUGCCCAACUGACACCCUGGAAGAUGCCAACAAAAGGAAAUACGAAUGUACAGGGUCAUGCAAGCAAGGGGAUGUAACUUGCACUGUCAAAGAACAGACAUAGAGGAGAAAAUUGAAACAGACUUUUAAAGAGAAAACAGAAACGAAAACCACACCUUUUGACAAGGGUCUGUGUGGAUGGCCAGUCACACCGUGGAUACUUUCAAAAUUAAUUAAACAAUCCAGAAAUGAUUCUGCUCUCUGGAAUAAGCUUGCCUCAAGCCAGGAACUGCUCUGUGUUUUACAGAAACACUGUGUAGUCAAUACUCUUGCUCACACUCUUCCCUAAUUAAUAAAGCAGCAAGCCAGCAGUACAGAACCGAAAAUUUUCUGAAUUGUUUUCCAGUGCUUUCUGUAGCA